AUGGCGUCUCUGUUUUUCACAACACCGUCAACAAACGGCACGAGUGGUGGUGGAGACGCCGUUUAUGUGGCGGCGGUGCCGCUCAAAGCGGCGGCUGGUCCACCGCAGCUUGUUAUGUCGAUGGCUUACUCACUGAAUCUAAAGAAUCUGCAGCAUUUCAUGGUCCUUAUCAAACCAUCUUCUCCAAUUCGUCAAGAGGUGAUCGUGUUUGAUUUCCAGCCUGUAAAUCCAGAAAGCAUAGAAUCAGCAAUCUUAAUCUUAUCAGGAAAAUUGAUUCCAGGAGUAGUGAUGCAAAGAAAGUUGAAGAAUGUUCCAAGACAAAAAUGUUGGAUGGUUGGAUCAUCGAAAGAGAAUGAUGCAAUGGAAAUGGCAAUUGAGUUUAAUAAAUCAUGGGAGACUGAUCUUAGAGUCGGCUUUCAUGAUUGCAGACACUAUACCAAUGAACUUGUUCAACAUCUUACUGGAGAAACACAGAUCGUGGAGCGACUCUUAAGAAGCUACGACAGCUAA